CGGGCCUGGGCCAGGCUGGACGGGGUGAAAAAAAGGCUCGAUCGCCAACCACGCCUCCCGCCUCCCCUCACCCUCCCCUCACCCUCCACUCACAUCACACCCACCCCACCCCCGCGCCUCUCACACCUACCCAGCCGCCCACCCUCCUUUUCCCCACCCCUUCCCCACCGUAACCAUUUCUCGAUUUCCCAACAUGAACAACACCACUUGGGCUGACUGCGACAGCGAGGGGGACAGCGAGGGCGCCUCCAACGUCCGCUGGAUUAGCCGCUUCCUCAACAAGCCCGAGAACGAGUUCCUUUGCGAGGUGGACUUCGACUUCAUCAAUGAUCGUUUCAACCUGACCGGUCUGCACCACGAGGUGCAGAACUACCGCCAGGCGUAUGAGGUCCUGCUGGACUCGCCCCUCUCGACCAACCUCUCGCACGACCUCUAUCAAAGCAUCGACAUCUUUGCCGCGCAUCUUUACGGCCUGAUCCAUGCCCGUUUCAUCCUGACCUACCGCGGCAUGCAGAAGAUGCUCCAGAUGUACCAGGAGGGCCGCUUCGGCACCUGCCCGCGCAUCCUUUGCGAGAAGGAGCGCGUCCUGCCGAUCGGCAUCUCGGACCUGCCGAAUGCCUACCCCGUCCGGGUGUUCUGCCCCCGCUGUGUGGACAUUUACCAGCCGAGCCAUGAGAAUUUCUCCUCCCUCGACGGUGCCUACUUCGGCUCGACCUUCCCCCACCUGCUGAACCAGCUGAUGCCCACCCUGCUGUCCCGCAGCUCCGCCCCUUCAGACACCAUUUACCUGCCGCGCAUCUUCGGCUUCCGCCUCUACAAGCCGGAGCGCACCUACCCCAGCCUUCGUCGGCUGAUGUCCCCGAACCCGCACCUCCUGCCGCCCAACGAGCAGGCGCUCGGCGCCGGUGGUCAGACGGCCGACUCGACCGCCACCGGGUCACAGCAGCAGGCCGGCGAGGCCAAGCAGUAGCGGCAAGCCCUUGUUGUGCUGCACCGCCCUCUCCCCGCAUGUACACCCGCGCAUGAGACCCGGGCCGGGGGCGGGGGGCACACAUGUGUCUGUUUUGAGGACACCAUGUUGUGUCCACCUCCGCUCCGGCUGCGCGCCCUCCCAUGUCCUUCUGCCCUAUUUUCGGCCUCCGCCCCUUCCCCUUCACCCAUAUUCUCUCUCUCUCUCUCCCCUCUCCCCUCUCCCUCCUGUUCUUGUUUCCCCUUUCCUCCCAGAUGAAUUCGCACGCACACACGCGCGUGCGUGGGACUCUCCUGUUGCCCCUGCUCGAUCCCAGCAAGAGCACCACUCCUCCCCCUCCCUUGUCGCUCCGCUCCUCUGCACCCCCCCCCCUAUAUAUGCAUGCCCACGCGCUCCGGCGCCGCGCCUGUGUAUGGCGGCGGCGCGUGGUUCUGCUCUCCCCCCCGCUUUCUCUCUCCUCCUCUUCUCCCCGCUCUUCACCCCCCCCCACCCCCGAAUAAACCAUAUACCCCACAGAAAGACAACA